UACGAGGUUCAUCCGUAAAAGAAAAAACUUACCUGUGUCUGACACUCCGCAAGAAGCUUCCCGAACCCAGAAAUCCUUCUGUACACGUUUUCUUUAGAACUCAUUUCCUCAAAUAUUUCAAGAAAAUUCUACAUCUACUGCUUGUCCACCAUCUUUGAAGGUGCGAAAUGUCUGCUGGGUAAAUUUGGUGGCUGGGCAUAGCGGAAAUGAAAAGUAACCAAAACCGGAAGUUCGUUAGUUAAUUCUCUCGGGUAAUGAAAAAAACAAACAAACCAUUAGCACGUCUCAUGACGAUUUCUAUCCUUAAGAAGGCCGAAAUUAACUGAAAGCCACAAUCUAAUAGCGUAUUACAUGUAAUAUCACGCUGGUUACAUUUUGUGGAACAAAUGCUAGGCACGUGAAGGCGGUUGCGAAAGGAGUUACGCUCACGGCAGGAGAUCGCGUGUACCCGCAAAGUUGAACGAUGUUUAUAGUACUUUUAUAUCUUCUUAACAGUGUGAUCGGCAACCUGAUAUGAACCGUGGGAAAUGUAAAAAAAAAAAAAAAAAACGUUUGACGUCAGUGACAAACUGCGGGAAAAUUGUUUUUAUUUGUUGGGUGGCAUGCAAAACAACAACAACUUUAAUAUUGACCAAGCAUUGUGGGCCGAUAAAGUUACCUCUCAACACAACAUACGUUUAUAAAUAUCUCAGAAGUCACGAGGUCGAUUGUAUUGGCCGUAAUUGCGAUAACUCCGCCCAAGUUCGUUUCUAUUCGUCGAAAACAGCGAGUCUUGCUGGGCUGGGACUUCGCAAUCUCCAUAAUUUCCUCGUCAAGUUAUUGCUUUUGAUAUCGGCUUUGCUUGGCUGGGAACGAUAGACAAUAUCGGGAGUAAUUAUGUGGCCUUUGUGUUGGCUACGUUUGUAAACAAGGAUUUUUAAUAACGCUGAGUUUGGACUUCACGAAAGGUUCAUCCGAUUAGAUUUUAUCAUUGCUUUGAAGACUUAGACCUUAAUUGGUUUCAGUUCAAAAUUUUUCGCAGAACGUUCGUCGCGUGCGGAAAACUGUCGAUUAGGACAAGAGCGCCAUGAAUAUCUGCCUCAACUUGUCGCUGCUUGUGGUUUUAGCUGUUUUCGCACAUCAAGGUGUUUGUAUAAAUACGUGGAUGCCGUGGAAUUGGGGGGAAAAUAAACCCCGGCCGAUCGAUGGAAACUGGGCUCCUUGGUCUUCGUGGAGUUCUUGCCACGUCCCAUCCGACAUUGACACGUUACCAUUUCGGUACAAGGAAAGAAAUUGCUCGAACCCAUCACCGAAGAAUGGAGGCGCAGAGUGUGAAGGACAAUCAAGAAGAAAAUCGAGUUGCGACGAUUGCAGUAUUCCGCUGGGUAUGGAGAACGGGCGAAUACAAGACUCUCUUGUGACGGCGUUGGAUUCACAUGAAGAAUUUCCUUCUUUUGCGGCCAGAUUGAACGGGAAGUCAGCCUGGUGUAGUGACAAUCCUGAAAGCCUUCAAGAACCUUUGUACCUUCAAAUCGAGCUCAAGAAAUUGAGCGCUGUAUCGGCUAUCGCAACACAAGGGUUUUACCCCGCGGCGGAACUUAUGUCUCUUCGUAUGGGACGCGUCAGCAAAUAUCAACUGAUGUAUAGUAUGGACGGGGUGUCUUGGGAGAUCUACAAAAACAAAGAAAAUGAAACAAUUUUACCAGGAAACAAGAUGCGAGAUGGAACAAAAUUAAAUGUCCUCACGCCAGAAAUCACGGCGAAAUUUAUUCGUAUCUUCCCAGCGAGUUAUUUCAGUUUUGUCUGCAUGAGAGUGGAGUUGUAUGGUUGCAUCUUUGGAUGUGGGGGCCCCUUGACACAAGAUCCCGGCAGCAUCAUGACAGAGAGUUUCCCAACUGCAGAUCAGGAUUGCUUGUGGUUUGUGAAGAUGCCAAACGGAGCAAAAGUACAUUUUGAUUUUAUCAAUUUUAAUAUACCAUGUAGCAGUGGUUAUGUUGAGCUCAGAGCUGGAGAGGUGCCUUAUUCCCUGGCACCAGUAUUAGCAGAGUAUUGUGGGUAUGACACUACCCCUCCCCUGGUCAGUUCUGACAGCGGUAAACUGUGGGUGCGAUUCAAGUCUAAUGCAUCAGACACUCAGGUGGGAUUUUAUGCGCUGUAUUUCCCUGGGUGUGGAGGGCAUUUACAGGGAACUAGUGGCGAACUGAGGUCACCCAAUUUUCCAAAGGAAUAUUUUCACAAUUCCAAGUGCGUCUGGACAAUAACUGUGCCAGAAGAUAAAUCAGUACAUUUAAGAUUUGUGGAGUUUCAAGUCGAGGGUGAUACAAAUAGGCAUAGAUGUCCCCAUGAUCACCUGACAAUUUGGAAUGGUUCUGAUUCUAGUGCACCACUCAUUGGAAAAUUUUGUAACAGUAAUCCACCCCCUCCUGUCAUCUGCAGCUCUGGAAACACCCUUCGGCUGAAAUUCCGUAGUGAUGAUGCCCUCGCAUGGAAAGGAUUUCACCUAAGCUAUCAUGCUGCUGAUCCAUUGACACUUUGUUCUGAAACAUCAUCCUCUGUAAUUAUGCCAACAACAUCAAGAACUUCAACAGUGUCUACAAAUAUGCCAGUGGCCCCCACACCAUUAAUCACAACUAGGAAUAUUUCAUCCACACAGCAUGCAUUGUUUCCAUCGAGUACAUCAACAGCAGAGUUGACAUCAGCCCUUAAUCUUGCUAACUCUUUUCAAGCUUCACCUUCAAAAGAAUCUGUCUCAACUUCGACAAAUGUAACAGUUGGUUUUACAGUGACCCCAGUCAUUGGAGAAAUGCAAGCUGCGGCCAAACAAGAGGAUGAUGAUGACAAUGAUGAGGGGUUGACUACACUGAUCAUUAUUGCAGCUUUUGGUUUUGUUGUUAUCUGCAUGAUCAUUGCGAGCCUUGUGCCAGGCGUAAAACACCAUUUUGAGAAGCGACGACGGGAGAAAGAAAUGAAUAUAAUGCUUGCAGCAAGUGUUAGCAUUCCUGAAUCAAACAGUAAAGACACUUUUGAAGUUGCUCCUAUCACUGAUAAUGAGAAUGUGUUGCCAGUGGCAGCGAGCGUUGCUUGUGAGGCUAUGCCCUAUGAGGAGAGCCUACCUCCGGUUGAAACUGCAGAGAGUGCAUCACUUGGUGAAACCCCUACAGAAGAACUUAGUAAUGAACAAAGUGAUGUAGUGGAAAGUGAGGUGCAAAUUGCAAAUGAGAUCAACAGUGGAGAACGUGAUGAAAAAUCAGUGGAAAAGAAUAGAGAUGAACUGGAGGAUUCAGACAGACAAAUUGAACAAGAUACUAACAUGCCUUCUGACUUAGCAGGUGACCCAGUGGAGGUUGGUAGUUUAAAAAUGUCAUAUGAGGACCUUGGUAGCAGUUUUGUGUCUGAAAUGCAAGCAAUGUUGAGUGACUUAGCAGAGAAUGAUGACCAACCAGCUUUGAAUGUCAACCCUUGUGCAAAUGCAGAAAAUUCUCCACAGGACAGUGAGCAUGAAGCAGAGGAAACUGGCAUCAGUGGCUUGGAAACUGGAGAUUGCAUUACUUGUGGCAUCUCAGCAAUUGAAGAUGAUGCCAAUUCAGUUCCUUCUGAUGAAGAAGCUUCUGCCACCAAAAGGUUUUCUGACCUUGGAGGAAAACUGGAAAGCUCAUCAAAUAGUGAUGCAGUUAGAGGGGAAAUAUGGGAAAUGCAGCCUGAUCUUGCAAGCAGUCACAGCCGCAGAAAAACAGCUGGAGAAGAUCAUCUUACAGGAUCAUGCACAGAUGGCAAAGAUUAUGGCUGUGCAUCAAGCUGUGAAAACUUGGCUUCAGUAGAAAACUAUCAUCAAGCUGAUGGUGCAGAUAACGAGACUUGUGUCUAGUGUAGUAAUGAUGAACUUUGAGUUUUCAGUCUGACAGGGCUUGAAAAAAGACACAGCUUGGAUUUAAGCUUGCCCUUUGGAUAGCAGCUCUCAAAUUUUGCUUGCCCUGGGCAAGUCUUAAUUUCCGUUAUUUUUAUUUAGUUGGCAGUU